CAGUGAAUCACGAGGGAUGAGGUAUUAUGGCUACUCUCCUCAAGAAUGUAACCAAUAGUAUUUGGCAUGCAUUUAAUUCUCUUUCGACUGAUAACUCUGGAAAUGUGGUAAAAUCGAAACUAAAGGUGCUAACUGCUAAUAUAGGAACUUUGCUAGAUUUAUAUGGAGUUGAAAAAGGAUUAGAACAUUAUAGAAGUACUACUUCACUAAAUUUCUAUCACUACAAGUAUUAUUUACUAAAAGAAGUGUUCUCAUCUUUACCAGACACUCUUUCUCUUAAUUUAUUGAGGCAAUAUGAAGCAAGUAUUGAUGAAGUCUGCUGGCUUGUAUGUAAAAGGCUUUACUUGAACCGGGAACCACAUAUUCUUCCUGAUGAGUGCCUUCAUUACCUUUUUCGGGUAUUCUGUAUGCUCGGGGAGCUUCAGCCAUGUGCCACUCAACAAGAUGUGUUUCAAGUGGUUCUUGAGAGAAGUGAAGUUGGAUUAGUUAGCUGUCAGUUAGUAACAUCUCUUGGAGGAGAUUGGGACCAAGAAUCUUACGAUUCUCUCACUGUUAAUACCCCUGGUUUUAGGUUCUCCACUUUUUUGACUCUUCUAGAAACAAAAUAUUUAUCAGAUGUUGAAGAACCGGUGUUGAUAGAAGCAGUGACAGCUUUAGCUAGCACUUUUCUUUGUGAUGUGAUAAAAAAGGGUAAUUUGAUGAAGAAGGGAUAUUUGUUACCUACACUUAGGGAGUACUGGUUUGUUCUUCAGCCUACUCAAAUGGCUUAUUACAAGAACAUGGAUGAAAAGGAACAGUGUGGUAUGAUUAACCUCGAUCCCAAUUGCUGGGUGGAUACUUCAGCUAACAGGAUUUACUUACAUACCAAUGAGCGAUGUAUUGAGUUGGCACCACAUGACCAUAGGAGCAGAUUACAAUGGGUCUCCUCACUACAAAUUGCUAUUUCACAAUCAGGACGAGGUCAAGGUUACCAGAGGACAUUAGCUGCAAGGAGGAGAAAACAAAGGCAAAUUGAUGAAGCUGAAUCCCGUAGAAAAUCCAGCAUAAUUCAUGACAUGGGAGUCCAGCUUCAAGCAGAAAAACUGGCAAGAGUUGCUGCUGAACUAGAAGCCCAAGAACUUAAAGUCGCUCAAGAAAAACAAGUAACACAUUUAGAAGCUCUUUUAGAAGAAGAAAUACAAGCAAAAAGAGAUGAAGAAAUUGUUAGAUCACUUCAAGCUAGGGUGCUAAGGGAAGAAUGGGAAAAACGAGAAGAAUUAGAGCAAUUACAAGUGGAACAAAGGCUUUUGUUGGAGCAGGAGAGGGAGAAAAGGAGGGAAUUUGAAGCAAAACAGAAAGAAAAAGAAAAUCAGUUAUUAGCUGCUGAGGCAAGACUCCGAGAGCUAGAAGAAGAACGGCAAAGAUUGGAUAGAGAACUUCAGAAAGCAAGGGAUAGGAUAUAUUAUGUCGAACACACCAUGACUCAACACAGUACACCUAAGGCUGGGACAAAAGUAAGGAGAACCAUGUCUUUCAUGCCGAGUACCCGGGAUAGACUGUUAUAGACUCAGCACAGCUGCAUGCCGCACUGCAAUGCAUAGUUACAUCUAUCUGCGUUAUAGUCCUCUCUUAGUAAAUGGCUUCAUGAGUAGUCUAUAUUUUAUUUUUUUUUUAGUUUUGAGUUAGUUAUGCAUUUUCUUAUAUACAGACUGUAUAUACAAUUUUAAUAUCCUCCAGUCAAAGUAAAUGUUAAAAUUUAAGCUGAAUAUCAUAUCAUAAUUAGGAUUAAGAUUCAUGACACUGCCUGGAGAGAAGUUAGGUGUAACCUUUUAAUUCUGUAUCAUGUACUCUUUUGUUUGGGAUAUCUGCUCGCUUCUACAGUGCACCCUCAUUAAUCCAGCUUGUAUCUUAUUGGGGCUGGACAAUGACAUAUAAAACCCGUUAACAAAUUAACCUAACACAUGAAUUUAAUGUGUAUUUUAUUCAAUUGAAGUGAAAGCAAAAUCUUUUGUUAUUGUUCCUUCCCUGCUCCCCACUGACUGAAAAAACUAAUUUCUGGAGCAGAAUUUUACAUUGCUGGAUUACUGUGGUAGCACUGUAUUAUUGCUGUAACUUAGAUGUGAUAAUUGAAAAAUUACACAUAAUUUUGUGCAAUAUCUAUAUGGGUGAUUAUUCAUAUCAACUGCAAUAAUUUAGUUAUGAUGAUGUCUUAAAUAACAUUUAUAUGAAUUUGUUCUUGUGAAUGUUACAAUAUUUAUUGUUUGUUUUAUAAAUUGUAUUUUUAUUUAUAAAUUCUAAAGUUAUUUUAACAAGAAAAUAUUUAUGCAAU